GUUAAUAUUUCGUUUAUUGCUACUGAUGCUAAAGGUGCUGUUGCUCUUCUAAGACCAGUAUUCCAUUUAUGCGCCUGCCAAAAUGGAGCAAAAUGCGUCCAACAACUAGAUGAAAUCCAAACUCAAAGUGACAAUCGCUUUGCAAUCCUGUCGUGCGAGUGUAGAAGUGGAUACGCAGGACACUAUUGUGAAAAUGAUGUCGAUGCUUGUCAAGUCAAUUUAAAUCCAUGUUAUCCUGGUGUUGUUUGCAAAGAUCUUCCUGCUCCAGCAAAUGAGAGUGGGUACGAGUGUGGACCCUGUCCAUCUGGAUUGACAGGGAAGGGUGACUCGUGCCAAGAUAUUGAUGAAUGUCAAGGUGGCUUAAAGCGUUGUUCACAAAAUUGCUACAACACCCCUGGGUCGUUUAUUUGUGGUUGUGAUAAUGGGUACUCACUUCAAAAUGAUGGUUCCACUUGUCAGGAUAUAAAUGAAUGUCAACCUUUAGCUGAUUGCAUGCAGAAGUGUGAAAAUACGCCUGGAAGCUAUCAAUGYAGUUGCAACAGUGACUUCAAAGUGGACCUUUCUGAUCCAAAAAAAUGCAUCCCUAAGUUUCCGUGCAAAGAUGGAAGUCAUGGUUGCCAAGAUGUUUGCUUUGAGUCUAAUGACGUAGCUACAUGCGCAUGUCGUAUGGGAUAUCAGCUAAAGUCAGACAAAAAGUCAUAUGUAAAAGACAGCAAUCAAAAAUAUCUUGCACUGUACAAGAGGGUACUAAUGUGGAGAUGA